UGUCGCGAGCGCCUUCUCCUCUCUUGCUUCUGCGUCGUCCAGCAGGAACCAGCCGCAAACCAGAACUGGACUAUUUACUCUCAACAACUCUCUCUCUCUUUCUCUCUCUCUCUCCCUCUCGCUCUCUCCCUCUCCCCCCCCCCUCCACCCCACCCCACAACACAUGUUCCAGGCGCGAGACGCAGAAGCAAAAAAAAAGAGGAAAAAAAGCGAGAGCGGCUUCAGUUUUUCACUCUUAUCACUCGGCUGACUUUUGCAAUCGCCGCGUAAUUUUUCAUAUCCUGUCAGACGGGCUCGUCGCGGCCGAAGCCGAAGGCGAAAAAGAAGCGUCCAGCGCUGCCAGCAGAGAAGCCCGACGCUUCUCGGGAUGUUGCGGACGCUCUCGGAUACACGGAGCGCGUAACGGCUGUGUGAGGAAGGCGUGUACCUGGUUUAGCUCACCUCCAGGACAGCUAGCAGAAGAAGCCACAGUGGUCUGCGUAGUCUCAGCACCCUGGCCAAGGGAUCCUUCUGAACGCCUUCCUGGCCGCUGUCCCUCCGCCUGACCCAACUGCCCAAAGGAGGCGCAGAGCCAAGCGUCCAGACCAGGACCCCAUUGCAGCACUUUUGGAUAAUUAGAGGACAUUCAAGAGAAGAGGAAGGCAACAGAACUUGAAUGAAGCGAGAAGAUAAUGAAUAUAACCAUGCCAAAAGAGUGAUUGAUGGAAAGGAAGUGGGUUGAUGAUUGUAAAAACACAUUUUGGAAAUUCAAAUGUGGAGCGAGUCUCAAGAAAUGGAAAUGGAGGACUUUUUCUGUAGAUGUCUUUGUUAGUAAAUCAUCUGGCAUGACUACAUACUUGAAUGCAAUUUAACGAACGGCACCUUGAGGAACCCAGUUGAAAUACAGCAAAAAAUGGAGCCACGUGGAACAGAUGCCAGCCAAAAAUGCAGCAAGGAACCACGUGAGAAGAACCCUUUACAGAGAAAAUGGGUUUCUGAGCCCUCUACUGGUACAAAAAGAAGCAUUUAUGCAGAAUCGGAGGGUAAAAGACAUUUGCACCAUGAAAAUCUCCAGAGUGGUGCCAGUGGGACAGGUAUCGCAGGCUCUGGAAAGUUGCUUUUAAAUGCAGUGUCUCAGUCAUCUCAAGAAAGUCAGUUCUUUCCCCGGUCUUACUCCUUCCAGUUACCACAUUCAUACCCACAGCAGCCCAUGCAGAAGCCUUUUCUGACUGGUACUAAGCCACAGCCUGGUUUGGAGGCCCAUGCUUGGCCAUUCCCAGGACAAUUGCAGUCGCUGCCACCGGAUGAUAUGUUUCCUGUGCACUCGCGCUCUCACGGAGUCUUUCCCCGUCAGAAGUCUCCGAGUUUACCUAGUGCUUUUGGCCAGUAUUCCCAAUCAGGCUCUGAACAACAAGAAGAAGGACACAAGAAGGAACAGAAACCUAAGAAGCCAGGGAAGUACAUUUGCCAAUACUGUGGAAGGGCAUGCGCUAAGCCCAGUGUGCUUAAAAAACACAUCCGGUCGCACACAGGGGAACGUCCCUAUCCUUGUGGCCCCUGUGGUUUUUCAUUCAAAACCAAGAGCAAUUUGUAUAAGCAUAGAAAGUCUCAUGCUCAUGCUAUUAAAGCAGGACUUGUUCCAUUCUCUGAGCUGGCUACUCGCACAGACAUUGAUCAGGCAUCGUCAGUUGGUGAGGCAGAGGUACAUUCUGAUGGAGAGCAAAGUACUGACACUGAUGAAGAAACCGCAGAUGUGGCGAUGUACCCAAACAAAAGUAGCCCAGUACCCCAGAUAUCAUUUGAGUCUGACAAAAGCACAAUGGAAAAGGGUGGAGAACCAGCAUAUGCAGACUCAGCGGAAGAGCUGGCCAUGGCGUCUAUGAAAGUGCCUCUCUUAAUUGUCCCAAAACAGGGGCUUCCAUCAACAACCAUAGAGUGUACUCCAUUCACAGAAAUGAAGGGAUCUCACAUUGGAGGACAACUGAUCCGAGGAGAUGAGUCACAUACUAUUAAACAGAGGCUUGCUUUAAGGCUAAAUGAGAAAAAGGGCCAGGACUCAGAACAGUCUCUGAAUCUCUUGAGUCCGCACAGCAAAGGCAGCACAGAUUCUGGCUAUUUUUCUCGCUCAGAGAGUGCUGAACAGCAGAUUAGCCCACCUAACACGAAUGCAAAGUCAUAUGAGGAGAUAAUGUUUGGAAGAACUUGGUAUUACAGGCCUAACUCCAGAUCUAGACAGGCCAUUACAGUGAGCAUGGCUGCUUCUGCCAGUCAGGACCCACACAACAAGUCUUGUGCCAUGAUGGAGCUGGACAUGGGAAAGAUAUCAGAGGAUCACAUAUUUUUCAGAGGAGGUUCUGCAGAAUCACACAUGGUUGCAGGCUGCGACCCUAAGCUGUAUCCCGGAGGCCCUUGCCAAAGCAAUGCAGGUCUCCUAGAGGCUCCUUCUGAAUCAGGGACACUCAUAAGAAGUAACUCAAUGCCCACACCUUCCCCAACCAACCUAAAUGUUCCACCAGGCCUGAGAGGGAGCCACUCGUUUGAUGAGAUGAUGUCUCCAGAUGACGUAUUUUAUCCAGGAGCAGCCGGUCUAAGGAGGCUUAGGAGGCAGGCCGCCUUUGAGCAUGGGGAAUCUGACAAUUAUGGAAAGAUAACAGGCCCGGCACUGAAAGUGAGCGAGAGAGGUCUGUUGAUGUCUGAGGUCAAAGGUUCAGGAUCAGAGCUCGCUUGUCCAGAAAUACGCACAGCAUAUGGCACCUAUGGUACGAAGGUUGGAAUGUCAGAGUUGACCACUAGAAAACGGCGUAAAGAAAAGAGUGUUGGUGACGAGGAGGAUUGUGCUGGGCAGUAUGAUGACAGUCAAAGUGGUUCUGUUGAAACAGUUGGAGACUAUGAUCUAAAACCAGGAAGCCAAGAAUCUUCAAGGGCUACUCCAACAGGUAAAGGAUCUAUGUACAGUGGCUAUAGCCCAUCAGAAAGUUUUGAUAAAGGUACCAGUGUAUGUCCAGAGGAGGUGGUGCUUGUUCAAGAUCCUGACAGAAAGGCCGUUGGCAAUGUUAUAUCUGUUAUUCAACAUACUAACUCACUUAGCAGGCCUAACUCGUUUGAAAAGUCAGAGUCAAUUGAACAUCCAUCUUACCAGCCAGAAAAACCAACUGGUCAACUCUCUGAACAAUCUGAUACAGAGAACAUUGAAGAUGUGCAGAGUCCUGAUUCUCUUCUGAGAUCUGAAAGCAUGGAACAUCAGCAACAGAGUGACAGUGAAUUAGCAUCUUCUGCAUCUAGCCAGCAAUAUCACAUGCCUCACAAACUAGUACGGCAACCCAACAUUCAAGUGCCUGAAAUCAGGGUAACAGAAGAACCUGAUAAGCCUGAAAAAGAACCGGAGGCGCCACCUAAAGAACCGGAGAAACACGUGGAAGAAUUUCAGUGGCCACAACGGAGUGAGACUCUUUCCCAACUCCCGGCAGAAAAAUUGCCCCCAAAGAAAAAACGUCUGCGUCUUGCAGAUAUGGAGCACUCAUCUGGGGAAUCAAGCUUUGAGUCUACUUGCACCAGUCUUUCAAGGAGUCCAAGUCAAGAGAGCAACCUGUCCCAUAGCUCAAGUUUCUCAAUGUCUUUUGAUAGAGAAGAAAGCAUGAAAUCUGUCUCACCAACUAAGCAAGAUGAGUUUAGUAAACAAUCCGAAUUUUUAACUGUACCAGGGAGUGGUCAUUCUCUGUCAAUACCAGGCCAUCAUCACAAGGAGAUGCGGCGCUCUUCAUCGGAACAAGCACCUUGCGCUUUGCCUACUGAGGUACCAGAAAUUCGUAGCAAGUCAUUUGAUUAUGGAAGUCUUUCAACAUCUUCAAGACAAGGGGAGGUAUACGCCAGUGCAUCAGCCAUGAAGGAACGCAGACGUGGAUACCUAGUUAGACAGGCAUCUCUAAGUGUGUACCCUGAAGUUGUACUUCAAGAGCAAGGUUCUGAGUUGAACAUCAAGCAGGAGCAUUCUGAUCCACACGGGUCACCGUCAUCUUGGCAGGGCACCUCAUCUCACUCUGCAGUUGGCAGUGACCUAGGAAGACCCAAAAGAAGUGGCCAGCCUGUUCUUGGAUCACAUCAGUUGUUGCAGCAGAGCAUCAGUGAAGACAGCCAAUCAGAAGACCUACUGCAGAAGUCCCCUCACUUGCCUGGGCAACUGUCAUCAGACAGCGAGGCUUCAGUACAUGAGCACAUGGGCCAGGAUGUAAUGCAGACCUCACUUCAGAGUAGCUUGGCAUCAUCUGCCUUUUUGCCAUUUCAGACAGUGUUCUGGCAUCCUGAAUCAACACAACGGCCCAAACAGCAUGUGUCUUUCCAAACACAUCAGCUACCAAAACUACAUAUCAGACAGCCAAAUAUGCAGCCAAUGCUACAGAAAUCUCACCAACCCAUUCAUCAAAUCCAGGGGCAAAGUGACAUAAAGAUUGAUGGAGCAAGUCAAAGUUAUCCAUAUCUCUUAAGAGCCUCUCCACAGAAUGUUGGAGCUUUCUCAUCAAAGGUGCUCACAACAAGCUCAGUUUUCUUACAACAAGUUCAGCCAGUCUUUGCCACUCAGAAUGUAGGUUCACAGUCAUCACUCCCUGGAAUGAUGGUCCCUGUUAGGAUCCAAACAAAUGUGCCAUCGUAUGGUAGUGUUAUGUACACAAGUGUUUCACAGAUUCUUGCUACUCAUGCUCAGAGCAGUACAUCUGUCAGAAUAAUAUGCUCAGACAAUGCAUCUACUGGUUCUCUGGGCAUGUCCUCAAAACACCCUAUAGGCUUCAAUUUAUCCAAGAUAUUAGGCCAUUCAGAAACAUCUUUGCAAUAUCCACUUUGGAAAGUUCCAGAACCAUUACCUGGGAGACUGAAUACAGGCAUACCUUUGUCUUUGACAUCAGGAACUAUCUCAACUACAGAUGCCUCCUCCAAUAUUGGAGGGAGUAAGAGAAUGCUGUCCCCAGCCAGUAGUCUUGAACUCUUUAUUGAGACCAAACAGCAAAAACGGGUCAAGGAAGAAAAGAUGUAUGGCCAAAUAGUAAAAGAGCUAAGUGCGGUAGAGCUGAGUAACUCAAGCGCAUCGAAAGAUAGUGACGCAUCUCCACAGUCUGAUCUUUUAAAGAGAGACGACUCAGUAGAUGAUCAGGAGAGGAUGUCCUCAUCUCCACCAGCUAAUUUUCCACCAUCUAAGUUCCCUGUGCGCCCCUGUGCAUCUCAUUUACCUGAUGUGCCGCCCGCAGAGAGCUUCACCCCACCUCUCCAAAUUGUUACCAAUACUUCUAAAAGAGCAGAGUCCCCAGAGGAGCUUGAUGUAGACGAUUCCACUCCAGAGGCGAGCUCAAGCCCACAGUCAAUGGUCUCUUCAAGUGAUACUCAAGAAGAGCUAAAGCAGACCAUGGGCAGUAAGAUCCCUGUAAACAUGCUGGUUCAACUUGCUGCUAGUCAGAGUGGCGGUGUGGUUGGGAGCACUCUUUUGCUCACUGAUCUGGCAGAUGUUCAGCAGUUCUUUCAGUUUCCGAGCCUUCGCACGACAACAAGCGUCAGCUGGUGCUUCCUCAAUUACACCAAGCCAAACUAUGCUCAGACAACUCCUUUAACCUCUGUUUAUGGCUCUUGGUGUGUCAGCUCCUAUAAUCCUAACCCACUCAGUCUCAGCACCAAGGCAACCCUGGCAUUGCUCCGUUCUAAACAGAGGAGGAACACAGAAACUUAUACAAUGGCUGCUAUGUAUCAACCAGGGACUGGAAAACUCGUUUCAUCCCUGCUGUGGAAGCAGAACCUUGAACAGAUGAAGCCAGAGCUCAUGCAGCUGGAUGUUGGCAAGUUUGGGAAGAAAAUGAAGGGGGUGAACUCAAGAGACAGAGGGAAAGAAGACCAUGGAGAGAAAGAGGCUUCCUCAAAGCAGCAUGAACCCACUCGCAUUAAAAUCUUUGAAGGAGGGUACAAAUCCAAUGAGGACUAUGUUUACGUGCGAGGCCGAGGUCGAGGGAAAUACAUCUGUGAGGAGUGUGGGAUCCGCUGUAAGAAGCCAAGCAUGUUGAAGAAACAUAUUCGCACACACACUGAUGUCAGGCCAUAUGUCUGCAAGUUCUGCAACUUUGCUUUUAAAACAAAAGGAAACCUAACAAAACACAUGAAGUCAAAGGCCCACAUGAAGAAGUGCUUGGAGCUGGGGGUGUCAGAGACAUCUGUGGAUGAUGCGGACGCAGAGGAAACUGAUCCCACUGAGGAGGUCCAGAGGGAACCUGGGAAGAUUGGCAUAUUGGAAAUCAUGGCGAAGCACCAGUUCUCUGACGCUGAUGAUUCGGACGGGCCUGAAGAGGACGGAGAUGAGGUGGACGAGGAUGAAGAAGAUGACGACGAUUAUGAUGGUGAUUCAACACCAAAGACACGCUCUCGAAGCACAAGCCCCCAGCCCUAUGUCAUCCCCUCACACUCUGUCACUGCAGUUGCUGCAUCCCAAGAGGGCUCGUCUGAGCUUUUAGGCUCGGCCCCCAAGCAGCCUCUCUUCGGCUAUUUUACUAGCCUACCCAGUAUUCAAAUCACACAGCUCGUGCCUAGUGAGAAGGCUGGGGAGGCCCAGAUGGCAGAAUACCAGAAACUCCUGCAAGGUGCUCUAGGUGAAGACUACAGAACUAGACUGGAAGUGCCUAGCUCCAUGGAUGAAGAUUUUGGCUUGUCUCCAGAACACAGCUCAUCCUCCUUUGACUUUUCCCCAUCUCGUCUGUCAUCGCCUGGCUGUGACUCCUCACCUCUUCGAGAGCCCUCGCCCAGUAGAAGAUACUUGUCUCCAAGGCGGGACCUUUCCCCACGGGGUCGUUUGUCACCAAGACGGGAGGCAUCCCCCCUUAGGCCCCUCUCCCCCAGGAGAGAUGUCUACCGAAGGGAUCUUUCUCCUAGAAGGGAUCUGUGCUCCAGAGGCCACCUUUCGCCCAUCUCUCAUGCAGGGAGGCCAACGUCUCCAGGAAGGGACCUCUCCACCAGGCGUGAGCUGUCUCCCAGGAGCCGCCACAAGGGCAUAAUCAGACCGUUGUCCCCCAGGAGAGGACUUCACCACCACAGUGGUCCUUGGACCCUAAACCAGCAUCCACUUGGAGAGAUGAUUUCAGCGGCUCAAAAGAGCAGAAGCCACUCAGAAAUAGAAAUGGAUCCAAGAAAGAACUGUCAUCACCAAGGAGAUAGCACCGAGUCUCCCUGCGCACGCCAGGGGCUGUUUAGCCACCUUCCCCUUCACUCCCAGCAACAGGUCCGCACGCCAUUGCCCAUGAUUCCGAUUGGUGGCAUUCAGAUGGUACACUCCGUCUCAGGCCUGGCCCACCCCACCCGUCUCCCUCUUCAGAAGAGCACUUCAGAGGAGUCCAACACCAGCGAGGUGUCCUUCCAUCUCACAGAGGGCCGUGGGGCUAACAACAGCAGUCGAGGAGGUGCAGAGGAUUCAAGUCAACCUCAGGAGAAGGCGGCGUCCCCCAAGUCUACAUCCUCAGCCCCCUCGCCGUCUUCUCAGAAUUCCAGAGAAGAUAGCAAGGAGCUGGGUGACAAAGAAAGCAGGCAGGAGGAGAGCAUCCAGACAUGCACUAAGGCCAUCGCUUCUUUACGCAUUGCUUCAGAGGAGCCUCUAGAAAAGCUGGCUGGUCCUGUUGAGCAGUUCCACCAGUCUCAUUCUCCCACAGCCCAACAAGAAAGUGCACCGAGCAGGCUUCAGCACUUCAGUAGCCCAGAGAUCAGGCAUCCCUCACACCCCGGCACCGAAAGUGGCGUGUCGGCCACAUCAAAGACGCCCGCAGCAGGCCAAUCCCCUCUGUAUAGCGCGGAGGCGGCGGAAAAAUCGCCCGGCCAACAGGGCCAUGGCGAAAAGCCAGCCAGCACAAAGAAAGACAAAGAGUCGACAAAAGACAACACUGACAACAGGUGA